CCGGGUAGCGCUCGGCGCGGGGCGGGCGCGGGGGGGCGGCGGGGCCGGGCCGGGGGCGCUGCGGGCGCUGCUGCCGCCACGCACCGGGGGCCGCCCGGAGGUCCCGGCUCCGGGGCCUCCUUGCCAGCGGCGAGUGCGCGGCGCCGGCCCGGCCGAGAGGCGUCGUCGGCGCGACUGGAUCGCUCCUUGCCGCGGCGGCUGCCAAGGGACCGUCGCCGUCUCGUCGCCUCAGCGUUGCUGUCUGGGCCCAGCCCGCGCUGCCGCCCGCCUUACCUUCCGUCCCUGACCGGGCCUGCAGGAUGUUCAUUUUGAAGAUUCUGUGAAGAUGAAAAGGGAUAUCUUAUGGCUUUAUGAAAUAUAAAGCAAUACUGUCUGACAUGACGGCAAAAAAUGUUGGUGUGACUUCCACAAAUGGAGACUUGAAAGGAUUUAUAGAUCAGAACCAGAGUCCAACAAAAGGUAAUAUUUCAGUAAUCACAUUACCAGUUUCCAGCACCAACUCUCCAACUAAGAUUUUGCCAAAAACCUUGGGACCAAUCAAUGUGAAUGUUGGACCCCAAAUGAUCAUAAGCACACCACAAAGACUGACCAGUUCAGGGAGUGUUCUGAUCGGGAGCCCGUACACCCCAGCUCCAGCCAUGGUCACACAGACACACAUAACGGAAGCGUCCGGCUGGGUCCCAGGGGAGCGAAAACGGACUCAAGAAAUUAUAGAGUCAGAUUUUUCAGAAAGUAAGAGAAGCAAGAAAGGAGAUAAAAAUGGGAAGGGUCUGAGGCAUUUUUCAAUGAAAGUUUGUGAAAAAGUUCAACGUAAAGGAACAACUUCAUACAAUGAAGUCGCUGACGAGCUCGUAUCCGAAUUCACAAAUUCUAACAGCCACCUAGCGACAGAUUCACAGGCUUAUGAUCAGAAAAACAUUCGACGGAGAGUUUACGAUGCCCUCAAUGUCCUGAUGGCAAUGAACAUCAUUUCAAAGGAGAAGAAGGAAAUACGAUGGAUCGGCCUUCCCACAAACUCAGCUCAGGAAUGUCAGAAUCUAGAGAUAGAAAAGCAGAAGCGGAUUGAAAGGAUAAAACAGAAGCGAGCCCAACUGCAAGAACUGCUACUGCAGCAAAUAGCAUUUAAAAACUUGGUACAAAGAAAUCAGCAAAAUGAACAGCAAAAUCAAGGCCCUCCAUCUUUGACCUCCACAAUACAGCUGCCUUUCUUAAUAGUCAACACUAGCAAAAGAACAAUUAUAGACUGCAGCAUAUCAAGUGAUAAAUUUGAAUACCUCUUUAAUUUCGAUAAUACUUUUGAGAUUCAUGAUGACAGCGAGGUGCUGAAGAGAAUGGGAAUGUCCUUUGGGCUUGAAGCAGGCAAAUGCUCAGCUGAGGACCUGAGAACUGCAAAAUCACUGGUGCCAAAAGCUUUAGAAGGCUACAUCACAGAUAUGUCUGUGGGAUUUUCGUGGAUAAACCAAGGGUUAAUUUCAAGUUCAGCACAAGCAGUUUCCCAUUUCGAGGCAGCUGGAAGCACUUACGAUGCUAAAUCAAGUGAGAAUCCAGGGUUGUGUUUGGAUGCUGAAGUGGCCUUAGCAACUGGGCAGCUGCUUGCCCCUAGCAGUCAGCAGUCCAGCAGUGCAGCAUCCCGGGGGGAGACGCCCUGCUCCUUCAACGAGGAAGAUGAAGAGGAUGAAGAUGAGGAUUCUUCCUCCCCAGAAUGAGGACAGUGGAAAAUGGAAAAUACAAAUUGCUGCUCAAAUAUUCUUAAUGGGAGUUCCUGUUUGGAUUUUACUGGUUUCUUGCCUUGGUUUGCACUGCAUUUGGUGAACCAAAAUGGAAACUUCAAGUUUAUCCAAAGCUGAAAUUGAAGAAUUGUGUAACUGAACACAGAGUGACAUGCAGAGACAGAGCAAAGUGGGUUUUAUAAACUAUAAAUGAGGAAAAGAACAAAAUCCCUGGAGAUUUGGCAAAGUAAACCUUAAGAUCAACUUUUCCAUUUUGGGACUCAGUUCUCUGUCUUCCCCUUGUCUUUUUCAGAUGGAGAAGAAAACAGCCAGUAAAAGCUGAUUCUUGUAAUGUCUUUUGGCUGUGCUGCCUUUAGAAAAAGGGGGAGAGAGCACACAGCACACACAAAUGUGCUAAAAUCAUUAUUUAAAACUAUCUUGUAUGAAAGUGGUUAUAGGGAAAAGGGGCUGUUAAAAUGUUUGCUUUUUUUCUGUUCGACUUGCUGUAUAGAAGAUUCUUAAAGUAAUAUAAAUUGCAAGUGAUUAAAUGAAUCUUGAAAUAGUUUAUAUCCAUUUUAGAUACUCUAAAAGUAACAAGAAGCAUUAGUAUAAAAGGUUCAUAUGUUCAUUUAUAUUGCAGGCCUAAUUUAUUAUAAGUGAUUAUUCUUAGCCAUUAUUAAACAGUCAGGAAAAAAAACAGUAUUCUCUGCACCAGCUUUUUUCAAGGAAAAUAAGUAAAAAACCUGUAUUUUCUAGAUUACAGCGUAUUCAGUGUAGCUUCUCCUUUAUUGUUCUAACUUUAUAUAAUCCCUUUGAUAUCAGAGCAUGCCUUGUUUUUUUAAAAAAAGGCCUCCCACCAUAUUAAGGAUCUCAGGCAGUGUGUUUUCAAGGCAGUCCUUUCAAAUUUGGGUUGGGCAGGUCACAUAACUUUUAAAGUCAUAGGCUGAGGUUCUUAGAAAAAAAAAAAAUUCAAUAGUACAUCAUUUCAUAUUUUCUAUUCUGGUCAGCUUGGAUUCUGACAGACUUUCUUAUCAGUAACUUCAGUUGCACUCACCUUGAUGCACCUUUGAAAGUUGUAUCAAACCAUGUUAAUAGUCUGUGGCUCAAGUUACCCAACACAUAUCUCAUGUGAACUGUUAAACUUAGACUUGCAGCAGGAGGCUGUGUUUUCUAUAGCUAACAUCAAAUCCAAUCAUAAAGACCUUUAAAAAAACCAAAACCUUGAAUAUCAAUGCAAAAUACACUGUAGAUGUACUCUUCCCAUGGUGUUCCAGUGACCAGGACUUUGCCUAGCUCUAAGUUAACUAUUUUUCAGGAGGCAAAUCUUUCCAGUUUUUCCACUGUCUGCAGGGGGUUGCACUGUGUCUCAGCUGUGUGAGGCAGCUGUCCUGGCUCUGUUCCUGCCCUGGGGGAUGAGGCAGCUUGUGCUGCUGCUCACCUGAGCAAUGGCAGAAGCUACCCCUGGGCUGCUGGCAGCAUCCUUUCACAGCCUGGACUGUGUCCACAUCAUCUUCUACAGCCAAACCUGCACUCACUCAGGCCAGCAAGAUCCAAAAGCACCAAGCCUGAGCUACAGAGAGAAAAUGAGGCUCCAGCUCAAGAGCUGCCUGGCCAUGUGCAGGAGUUAGCCCAGGGCUGGCUGCUCACAGGACAGGUAAAACUGUGAGGUGUAGACAAGCACCACCCGCAUGUUUCCAUUACAAACGGAAGCAUCCAGAUAGAAACUUCUCACAGAUAGUUCAAACUCCUGCACCUGAGGAGUACCUGAGGGCAGCACCAGUACUAGCUAUGGCUCUUGACUGAGCUGUCUGCUUUACACAAAUGAAUAGCAAAUGCACAAACUACAAUGCCUGCUAUGGUACUCACCCUUGGGGCAAGACUGUUCAGACCAUCCUGUGCUCAUGGCUCACAGGCAACAGCAGACUGAGGGCUUUAUACCCCCUCAUUUCCACCAAAUCUGUAACACUACCUCCAUACCAGAAAAGCUUUACAGAUACAAAAAAAUAUUCUUGCUGAGAGAGUCAGUGCAUUGAGCCAAGUGGCUCUCUUUUGAGAUGGGGGGAGAAGGGAACAUGUACUACACAUGUAUUACUAUGUAAUUGCCAGCUUCAUGAUUGACAUUUCAUUUAAACAGAUCAUCACUUUAAUUCUUAAAAAAACCACUGCUUCUUCAAAAUUGCCCUGUCAGUAAGCUUUCAUUGGAAAGGACAGAUCAAAGGUAACUUAUAAGGAAUUCUUUAAGAGGGAGGGAAAUAUCUUCCAAAGUAGUUACACCACCCUCUCCCCAACAAUACCCUAGGAACACAUUUAACUUUACACUUUCUUCACACUUCCCACUCAAGAUCGGUGUAAAAAGAAAAAACAGCAAAACACUAAACAGUUCUUAAAGAGCAGCACUUUGAACUAUAAGAACCUGGCAAAAAAAGGCUUCUGGCCCAGAAAUGGAAUGUAUUUUAUUAGCAGUCAGUCUGCUUUACAGGGGGAGGAUUUUUCAGUGACACCUUUCCUCCAUUGAUGUCUGUGCCCUUCAGAGCUGCAGCCUGCACAGCUGCUCACUUUCUGGUAAACAUCUAACUAUCAAAUUUAAAGAUAAAAAAUAAAAAAUAUGGGCACGCAUAGCAUUUAUUUGACAGUUGAACCAAGCCUUCAAAAGUUAUUUUUCCUGGACUAGUUGAAUACAAAGGACAAAACAAGUUAGAACAUUUAGAAGAGACUUCAAAAGUAAAUUCUUUCCUUGGGCUUCGUGCCAAGUACCAGUUGAGGAUGAAGCUCAGCUAAAGCACUGCAGUCUUGUGGGCACACUAAAGUCUGAGAACUAGGAGAAUUUGGGGCCUGAUCCAGCACAAUCACCUGUGUAUGAUCUCAGGCAAACUUUUAAAUCAUUUCUGGUGAUCUUAACUGCCAUAUUUUAAAAAGACACAAAAACCACAAACCAAAACAGGUAAAUGCAAGACCUCACCAAAGGCAGCUGCUGCAAUUGUGAGUAAGAAGGGGCUUGAGAAUAUUAACAAACCACAGAGCUCUCACUGAGCUCAUGGCAGUGCUUAGGCUCAGCUGCUUCCAUACACAGGCCCUCCCUCCUGCUGAGAGCCAGCAAACACUUUCCACAGUAAAAUGGUCAUGACCAAGACUGGUUUUCCCAUUUUCUAUUCAGUUCCAUCAUCAUCUCCUGUCUCAUGCAAUACCCCUGAAUGACAUUCAUUGACAGGAAUCAAGCAGCAACUGGUACUAGGUCAUACUUCGUGUAAGAAAAAGUGAACACUUAAAUUUUCAUGCAACUUAUAUUUAAGAUAAAUUUAAGGGAUGUGUCUGUGUCUUGGAACACUCUCUCUUGAUUAUACAUUCAGGAGGCACUUGACUGCAAGCCAUAUAAUGCUGUAUGUAAAUGCCUUUAUAGCUAUUGUGCACUGAACAACUUUAUUUCUGGCCUAAUUUUGUGGUGCUUGAAAAAUCUACAUUUGAUUUAGAAAAGCUUGUCAGCUCCACUAUCUAGGUGAAAAACUACGAGUGGAAGACAGCAUUUUUCUAUUAUCUGGAAAUAAAACAUAAUGUUUGUGGAUUUUGACAUUCAAAAUUGUAUUAAAGUGCACCAGUCUUCACAUUUCCACACUGGAAUUAAUGCCAACAAUCUACCUAAUCUCAGAAAGUGUGUGUAUCUAGUAAAUAAGACCAGUUCACCUGAAGGUAUGACUUAAACCCAGUAAAAGCCCUGCUGUAGGUGUUUCCAUUUUGGUUAAGGGGUUUUAAUUUUUAAACUACAGCUUGCAAAUACCCCUAAAUCCUUUUGAGUAGCUAGAAAUUGCUGAGAAUACAGAAUUCCCACAGAAGGGCUGUCAGCCUGAAGUAACAUUAUGUAAAAAGGCCUAAUAACCAAAUUUUAAUCCUUUUGGGGUUUUUUUAAAGAAAAAUGAGGCCUUUGUGUUCAUACAUGAAAUGAUGCUUGAAUUUAGAAUUCCACAGUUAAGGUUUAAAAAUUCAAGUGCUUUUUUUUUUUUUACCAAAUCCACCAUUUUAGUUCAAGAGUAUAGGUGAAACUUAACCACACUUGAACUCUGGGCAAUACUCCUUUUUGUAGUUAACUGGCCCUUUUCACCUGAAAAUAAUCCAGGCAGUUGAUGGUAAAGACUUUCCCUUCAGCAAGUUAAAGAUGUUUGGCAUUUGGAUUCAUUUAAAAUCAAAGCCAGCACCACCGGGUAUGGUGUAGAGAAAACAAACCAAAGCAAGCUAUCUUCUGCCUGACCCACCUCAUUUAUACCUUUUCAUUCCAGGAAUCUCUCAGGAACACCAUUAUAUUAAAUAACCAGAUGUAACGAGCUGGUGAAAGACUAAAUGUGCUUUUUUAAUUUGUGAUUUAAAAAACUCUAGUAAUAGCCAUACUUUGAGGUGACAUCCUUCUACUGCAGUUGGGUCACUGAGGCCAAAGGCGUCUCAGGUGCCUCUUGCAGCAUUAGUUGAACAGGGGAAGGAGAAGCCAAGGGCCUGUUUAUGGAGGUUUGUUGUUUAACAUGUGCCACUUGAAUUCUGGCCUCUGUCUGCAAGCAAUGCACCAAUUAAUCAUUUGUGAUGUUGUGGACAUCACACACCUACCUGAGCACACGAAAGCUCUAAAUACUUAAUUUCUGCUGGCAGGUGUUCACACAACCCAAUUCUGAUACCAUAAAACUGCAUGAAACUCAGUCCUUAGACUUAAAGUUCCCAAAUCAGAUAAUGUCUUUCCUGUUUAACUGUUAGAAUUUUGUCUGGCGAGUAUUUUUAAGAGGCUGUGAGUAACUCUUCUCUUCCCAAUCUAGGUAUAUUGCCAAAAACUACCCAUAACCAAUGUUACUCCCAUUUGUUCAUUCCACCUGCAAAGGAUUAUUGUCCUUGCAAGUCACUGCUGAGCUGCGUGUGCAAGAGCCCCUCAGCUCCUUUAAUCUGAGUGCCUGAGGUGGCAUCCAUGGAUCCCUCCCCAGCUGGCACUGAGAGGGAGGGGAAGGAAUGCUCAUUACAGCAGUCUGGCAGUAACAACUGAAAGGGCUGUUCCUCACAGCUGUAUAGUCACUCUCCACCUUUAAUACACCUGCCCUGUCUGCCCACCUAGAGAUCAGAUAAACCAAAAUGGUUUUUUUUCUGCUUCCAUAUUUUUGACAGUACUGAAGAAUCCAGCAUUUAGGAUAUCCACCUAAACUGCAGAACACCAAAAAUCCUUGCUCAAAAUUGGUCAGAAGUAACAUCUGAGAUCUCGCUAUCCAAAUCCCAAGGGAAAGGCUCCUACUUAGGACCAAUAUGGAGCAAGUAAAUACUUUUGCAUUUCUCUAAGAAGAAAAGCAGACUGACCUGGGUCAGGUCAGUAUCUUUAACAGAGCCAUGAUAAUUCCAAGCAGACACAGGAACCUGCCAGUAGCCCAAACUUGCAUCUCUAAGAUUCUUAGUCUUCUGUAUUGGCUAGAAAAGUACAGUCACUUAAAUCUGAUUUCUCUAAAUGCCAUUCUUAAGUACUCAACAUUCUCCAGGCUUAGGUACUUUAGAUAUAAGGACAGCAUAGGACAGCAGGAUACAGCAAUUUCAAAUUUAAACCCAGCUGUAGCUGCAAAUCAAACUCAUCUAUGCAGAAACUUUCCAAGACAAAUUGAGUUGACUUUAGCCCAUUCCCCUCUCCAUGGUGAGUGAAACACUUGUCCCUCACACUGCCUGGUUCCUGUGCUGCCCACCCACACGAUCCAGGCAGCCAGAGAGGGAAGAACAUCACAUAUCCACAGCCCUUCCUGCUGACAUUUUCAGGUCACAUACAACUAUUCUGAAUGGCCACAAAAGUUAAAAUUAUCAGAAAAGGUAAAGUCCACAAAACUAGUCUCCAGGCUUUUUGAUGGGUUUGUUAAAUGGCUAUUGUAACUUUAACAAUUAGUAGAUUUGGUCAUACUAAUGCAGGGACUAAGUGGAUCUCCCAGAAUUUCCCCAGGAAAACACCAUCUGAAUCACAACCCAUCAUACAAGUUUCUGAAACAUUCCCUUGUCCUAAAGGCCAUGCUGAAUACAUGAGAAAUACUUCAGAGAAGCAUAUGCAAAUGUUAUGACACUAUCUCACCUGGACCUACCUGCUGUAAAAAAAAAAAAUGAAUCCUAGUUUGAACAAACCUGUAAGAAGUAGGAUGUGAGCCUGUCCUUGUUCCUCAGGCCCUGACUGCAAACCAUGCCCUGGCACCAAGGCACAAGCUUUGUGUUUGCAUAUCCUACUCAGCAUCAGGAGAAACUGGCCAGCAGGCACAGGCAGUGUUUUACAGCAGGACUUGUUUGCUGGCACCUGGGGGAUGAUCUGGCAGUGGACGAGUCCUUGGCAAGGAGGAUUGUUGCUGAAUUCUGAAUGCUGAUGUGACAUCAGCCCAUGUUCUGAAGGUGCUACAACAUGCAGCAAGGGGUAGAAAAGGCAGGUCUGGCCUUCCUCCCCACCCUUACAGUAGCACUUUUUAAUAUCCACUAUAUUCUAUAUGGAAGUAAUUGUAGAGACACUUCCUUUUCAUAUUUAAAAUGCAGAAACCACUUGAAAGUCCAUUAACUUUUAAUUUAAACUUUUUUUUAAGAACAAGGCCAGUCACGGACAAAGCAAUUUAAUGACCUCCAAUGCUGAACUCAAAGCAGGGUUUUGUAAACAUAGUGGGUGGGAAGAGACAAAUCCAAUUACAAGUAUGCUAAUUAUAUGGGAUUUGAAGUUUAAUUAAUUUUUUUAAUCUACUCAUCUUGCUUUCCCAAGAUGUGUAUUGGCACAAAGUGUCACACAAACACUUUGGUGGAAACUUUUCUCCCUUUUCUUGUGCUAAGCUCUUGUAUCUUCAGGAAAGCCCAAGUUUCCCAUUCAUCUUCAUUUGCUGCAUAUUUUUGAAUUCUCCAUAGAUUUCUCUCUUUCCAAAUACCUAUAAAUUAUGAACUAAAGUUUUAUUUUUGCAGAAAGUCUGCUAUUAAGCUAUGCUGAUUUUUUGUCCUGAACAAAUAAUGUUAAUUUCCACUACCACAUUGUACGUGGCUAGGAGUAGUGUAAAAAAAAUGUGGUAGUGUUUUAUGUGCUUUAAACACUGACAAAGAUAUAAAGAAAAGUGCAUAUACAAAGUUUUACUUUCCUAAUAGGAACACUGGCAUUAGCAAAUAGUAUAUUUGAACCAAUAGGAAAUAUUACUUUGUAGUAGCAAACACUUUGUAAAUAAAUACUUGUUAUUUUUUUAAUGGAAAUUUUAUAGAAGUUUUUUCUGUAUACUCAAUUGAUCCCAUGUUUACUGAAAAUGCUGCAAGUGGGAAUUGUACAUUGUAAAUGGGGGUGGGGAGCAGAGUUUGGCUGAGAUGAAAGCUGUGUAUGCUUUGGAGAAGAACCACCAGUUUUCUGUGAACUGAAAUGUAAACCUUAAACUGUAGAAGAACUGAAUAAAAGAAUUUCAAGGCAA